AUGGCGCGUAUAUUCAUCACCGGCUCCAGCGACGGCAUCGGCCUAGCAGCAGCCAAAAUCCUCUCUGAGCAAGGCCACACCGUGAUCCUGCACGCGCGAAACCCAGACCGCGCAGCCAGCACGCGGAAAGCAGUUCCCAAAGCCUCUGCCGUACUAGUAGGCGACCUGCGCUCCAUCUCCGAGACCAAGAGUCUCGCCCAAGAAGCCAACGCGCACAAACCCUUCGACACAGUAAUCCACAACGCCGGUAUCGGCUUCGGCACCACCUCCAGUACGGAGAUAACAGCCGACAAAAUCUCCGCCGUGUUCGCCGUGAACACUUUAGCGCCCUACAUCCUCACCUGUCUAAUGGACCGCCCCACAUCCCGACUUCUGUACAUGAGCUCAGACAGCCAUUAUGGCGGCGAUGAGUCGCUGCGGAAUGUGACCCAGUCUCAUUCGUAUAGCGAUAGUAAAUUGCACGAUGUCAUGCUCGCUAAUGCGUUUGCGAGGCGCUGGGGUCAGCAGAUCCAGGUUGUUAGCAUGCAUCCCGGCUGGGUGAGGACCAAGAUGGGGGGCAUGAGUGCGCCGGGAGGGAUGGAUAAGCCGGCGAAGGCUUUGGCGGAGUGGGCUGUUGGGAGUGGACAGUUGGCUGGGUUGAAGAGUGGGACUUUUUUUACAACGGGGGGUGCCCAGUCGGCGCAUCCUGGUGCUGGGAAUGUUGCGAAGCAGGAGGAGUUGUUGAGGGUCUGCGGGGAGGUUUCGGGGGUUGAUGUUCCUGGUGGUCAGUAG